AUGGAUCCAUUGGAAGAACAGCAGCAGGAGAUCGAGGUGCUCCAGUCCAUCUAUCCCGAUGAACUCGAAUUGAUUUCUCCUACUCACUUCACCAUUUUCAUUGCACUAGAUGCGGCCAGUGACAGAAAGCACCUGGCUCUUCUAGAUGUGAGAUACCCUCCAAAUUAUCCAGAAGAGGUGCCCAAACUAGAUAUCCUGACAUCUGUGGAGGAGGAAUCUGAGGACGAAGCCCUGGACUCUGAAGAUGAAUCGGAGAAAUUUGUCAGUUUGUCCGAGCAAAUUGUAUUCGAUAGGGACGACAUCGGAGUGUUGCUCACCAAAUUGAAUGAAGAAGCAGAGAUGAACAUUGGAAUGCCAUCGAUUUUUGCAUUGGCCGCAUUACUCAAGGAUGAGGCUGAGUUGCUAUUUCAGGCCAAGUUGGACGCUGCACAGGCUCAGUACGACAAGGAGCUUUUGGCUCGUGAAGCUGAAGAGCAAAAGAAAUUCCAUGGAACCAAGGUAACCAAGCAGUCAUAUGCGGAGUGGAGAGAGAAAUUCCGGGUAGAAAUGCAGGUGGAGAAGAAGGAUUUGGAGAGGUUUGAACGCAUGCACAAUGGCAAGAUGACAGGCCGAGAGAUAUUCGAGAAGGGUUUGGCGGAGGAAAGCGACGACGAGUUGGCCGACGUGACCGACUCGGUUGCAAAGGUAGCUGUUUAA